AAACGAACAUAAUUUUUGACAAUGAUAAGAUUUACUGUUCGGUGUUAAGAUUAUUGUGUGAAUAUUAAAAUAUAUUUAAAGUAUAUUAAAAAAGUGGUAACUUUGGACAAAAUUACAAUAGAGCAGAUAAAAUAUCACUGGUAGAUUAAAUUGGAGACUAAUUCAAUAUCGUCCAUGGAUACUUUCAAGCCCUUCUGGAGCUCCGUCUGAUUUAAGAAUUGGCGAAUACAAAAAAAUAUGCUCUCGAAUUGAGAACUUUCCAUCUUUUUGAAGACUUGAAAAAGGUAAAAAAAUAACGCAUUGACGCUGUAUUUUGAACAACAUACAUGUACGAGCAAUUCUCUUCAGAAGACAGUAAAUGAUGGGAAAUUUCUCCAAUCAUCGGCACUAAUGAAGCAAUCCACAGACGGGAUAUUGAACUAGCAACAUCUCGAACCGCCCUUUAAGCGCAAUAAAACAAAACGCCCCACAGCAAUUUACACCAAAGAUCAGCUACAAACAAAUACGUACUGUAUAUAUAUAGAAAUAAGAACGAAUUCACCAAUUGCGAGUUUGUGUUCCAAUGGAUAUGUUUGCAGUUGGAAAGGCAAGCCAGACGAUAUGUCAAUUAAAAUUCAAUCUCAAUUGUAACCAGACACGCCAUUUAAAAACGAAAAAACUCCACGACGAGGUCGUGUUCCAAACUUGACUUGUCUAUAUUUAUGUUUCAGUAUAAUUCAUUGCUAAUUGAGUUACAAGUAAUAUAAUUAGUAGACCAAAAUCAAAACCAAUGUAUGGCAAAGUCAAAAAAACGAUACAAGUAAUCGUCACCCACACCAGGGACUCGUAUGGCGACUCAAAGUCAUAACUCCUACUGUUCACUGCCCAACUUUGUUGCUUUAUCUUCGCGUCUUCUAAUACUGGUAUCUUUAGUAUUGCUACAAAUAGAUUUGUCCAAUGCCUCGGUAAACUUCAGUGAAUCAACUGUUGGGUCUGAGUUUAAUAUUACCAGUCUAAACUCAACAGUUAACUGGACAGUUUUCGAUGAUAACAUCACUGAUGUACACAUAAAGCAUAAGAAAUACUCGACAGCGGUCAGCAUACUGCUAGCCACAGUUUUUAUGAUUGUAAUUAUUGGAACUGUGGUAGGAAAUAUAUUAGUGUGUGUUGCCGUUUGUCUUGUAAGAAAAUUAAGAAGACCUAGCAACUAUCUAAUUGUAUCAUUGGCUGUGAGCGAUCUUUGUGUUGCUAUCAUUGUAAUGCCCAUUGCUAUGGUAUAUGACAUUAUGGGUACUUGGCCAUUUGGACCAAUUAUUUGCGAUUUUUGGGUAUCAAGUGAUGUGCUUUCUUGUGCUGCAAGUAUAUUAAACCUCUGUAUGAUCUCUGUCGAUAGAUAUUAUGCAAUUACAAAACCAUUAGAAUAUGGUGUUAAAAGAACUCCAAGAAGAAUGUUUUUCUGCGUUUUUAUCGUAUGGAUGAGCGCAGCAUUUAUAUCGCUUCCACCAGUUCUAAUAUUGGGCAAUGAGAAGACUGAGACGUCAUGUUCUGUGUCCCAAAAUAAGGUGUACCAAAUCUAUGCAACCCUUGGUUCUUUUUACAUACCACUCACUGUGAUGAUUGUAGUUUACUACAAAAUAUUUAGCGCCGCUAGAAAAAUUGUGAAAGAUGAAAGGCGUGCUCAAUCACAUUUGGAAACACAUUGCUAUCUUGAAAUUAAUGUUAAGAAUGGUGGAGCUGCAGAGGCAAGACUUUUGGGUACGCAACCAUCACAAGCUGCAGCUAGAGGAUCCACUGCCAGCACUAAUACUACGUGCAGUGUAGAUAAAACAGAAAGCACAAUAGGAAGGUGUUUCAGCGGACAGCGCAAGUCCAACGAGUCACAGUGUCCAAUGUUACAACAAAUGAAAACGCCUACUAAACCUAUACAUACUAUAAACCGAUCCACAUCCCACACCCCAACCACAGACAAUAAACUUCAAAUUAAAGAAAGACGAAGACAAUCAUCUGAAAGUAGUAAUAAACUAACGACUAAUAGAAUUCGGUCGUCACUAUCAAAUUUUGCUCAAAAAAGUCACAUCGCCAAAGACCUGCUCCACUCAUCUUCACAUUCACCUCACCAAAAGAAAUUGAGAUUUCAAUUAGCAAAGGAGCGAAAAGCGUCUACUACUCUUGGUAUUAUAAUGUCAGCAUUUGUAUUUUGCUGGUUUCCAUUCUUCGUGCUUGCUUUAGUGAGGCCUUUUGUCGAAGAAGAUGCCAUUCCAGAUGCAGUCAGUGCGCUCUUUCUUUGGUUAGGUUAUAUAAACAGUUUACUAAAUCCAAUAAUUUACGCUACCUUGAAUAGAGACUUUAGAAAACCGUUCCAAGAAAUAUUAUUCUUUAGAUGUUCAAACUUAAAUCAUAUGAUGCGGGAGGAAUUCUACCAUAGUCAGUACGGCGAUCCUGAUCAGCAUUAUUGUGUGAAUAAUACUACUAAAAUACACAAUUAUGAUGAAGGUGUAGAAAUAGUUUCAGCAGUCGAUCGUGAGGAAACAAGAGCAUCAGAGAGUUUUCUAUGAUUGUCAAUGCCUGAGGUCGAUACAAGAGACCUAGAUACUGUGAUCUAAUUAAGACUUUUUUAAGAUAAUUACAAGGUCUAACCACUUUUAUUUCCUCAUAUUUGUUCUACUAUUUAUAACUUUUUAUGCUGUUUCAAACCAACUAGUCGUUACUAAUUUGUAAAAUUCCUCAAAGAUUUAGUCAAAUUGUUUAUAUUAUGCAUUGUAAGUAAAAUAAGUACUCUUAAAACUAUAUUAUAAUAACAGUUUGCAUUGAACAAAGUAAUGUAUAACGUCGUAGAAUGAAGUGUGAGGUAAACAACUUGGUGAAUUUAUUAUUUCAGAUUGACCAAAGAAAUACUAAUUGUAAAAGGAGAAAGGCUUUAUAAGGUGUAAGCUGUUAUGAAUUUGGUAACUAUAGUAUUAAAACGUAUUAUGUUGUUGCCUAAGUGGUGUAAAUGUAUGACAUUAAAGUAGUCCAAAGUAUUUUAAUCCAUGUGAUAGUAGGUUAGGCAGUCCCCUUUUGCAUUAUCAAUGUUUAAUUUAUCACUAUAAAAGACUUCAAUAGUAAAAAUAUUGAUACUGUGCACAUAUAUAUACUAAAUAUUGUUACUUGUUGGGGGUUUUAGUAUUUAUUUUGUAAACGUAUAUAAUAUCCCCUAUUUUGUUUCUAUGUUUAAAUUACAAAUAUUAUGUAAAUUAUUAUUAUUUAUUAUUGUUCUUGUUGAAAAUAUUGUGUACACGUAUUAAUUACAUUGUAAAUUUAUAAUAUUGUAUCCCUUUGCAAUAAUACAAAAUUAAGAUAGGAUCGGUAAUUAAAUUUAUUAGAUUUCAGCAAAUACUGAUUGAUGUGAAUCGGUGGCACUGCCAGAUAAUAAAUUUACAAGAAAUAAAAUUAAAAACUGUCUUAAUGUAUCUAUCCCAUAUCAAUAAAAACUAAAAUAAUAUACUUGUAAAACAAGGGAUGUAGUCUUGAGUCAUAAUAUGUCGUGCAUAUCUUUUAAUUUUUUCCUAACAAAAUUUUAUGUUUGUGAUUUUUAGUUCGGUUGACAUUGUUGUAUAGUUCUCUUAUUUCAUUUGUACUGAUAUUGAAUGCUGUAUGUUUAAAAUACUUUCUUGAAUAGUUUUCUUAGUAAUAAAAAUGCAUGCUACUACCAGAACCUAUCCAGAUUAUCCAGUCUUCCACAUAUGUAUUUGUUUUAUCGUAGUAAGCGAACUCAAAUAUUAAAAUUAACUUAAUUUGUUUGUAAUUUUUCUCUUGUUAGCGAACUAAUUGAAAGUAAGUUAAUACCAUAUUUAGAAAGAAAUUAAAAACUAGGAACGAAUAUCUUUCAAAUAUUAUAAAAACAGGCGCAUCGUUUAAUAAUAAAAUAUAAGAAAAUAAUCAAUUAAUAUUUAUUGCAAAUAUGUAGUAGAUGAUAAUUAACAAGAAGAAUGGCUUAAUACAGUUCUUGCUAUUUCUUUCUCAAAUUCUUUAAUUAUCAUUUACAUUAAUAAUGAAGCUCUAUAGAUUCUUAUUAUCUCUUUUUCUGACUGUCCAUGUAUUAUGCCAAAAGUACCGGUGAGCUUCAUUUCCUUUGUUACAAUUUAGGUUAUUGCUUAGAUUUUAUUUAUGUCUAAUAAAAAAAAUAAAUGGUUUUAAAUCAGGUCUUGUAUCUAAAAUAUAAAAUUAAAAUAUAUUAUUUAUUUCAUUUAAAAUAUAAAAUAUAUUAUUUUUGUCAACCGAACUGAUUUCAAAUUUGCUUAUGUAGAACAAAUUAUGUGUUGUAAAUAUUGUUAUUAAGCACUAGUGACAUUAUAAAUAUAAAUUAGGUAUAGAUAAAUAAUUGUAGGUAGAUUAUAAUAUUGCAGACAAUGUGUGGGGAAACUACGCUUGGAAAAAAAUAAUUUGACAUUUCAAUUUGAUGUUUAUAUUGAGAUAUAUUCUAAAAGUUUCACUGAAGUAGUUUCUUUCCAUAAUGUAUUGUGGUUGUGUGUGGAUAUUAUUAUAAGUGAGCCACAAUAUCAGUUUGAGUACCUCUAAAUGUGCAAUAUAGUAUAUAAUAUUCUUAUAGAUUAAUUUCAUAAAAAGAAAAAAGAAAGGCAAAGGUAAACUAGAAUGCUAUAAAUCCAUUUCAAUCAGUGUUACAUGCGUGUUUUUCAAAGACUGCAAAACUGAAGGAAUACUGGGAACUAUUCUUAAAUGUAGCUCAAAUCUGUCUAUAAUUAUAAAUAAUUUUAGUAUGUGAUGUUUCAAAAUCGAUAUAAUACACUAAAUAUCCCUCUCUGUCCAUUAGAAUCAGAUAGUUCUAAAAUUAAACAAUGAAUUUUAAGAAUCGGCUUCGUAAUUAUUUAAACAGUAAAAAAAAGUCUAAAUGAAGCGAACAGAACUAAACGAGCAAAAGUGGAUCUUUUGCUGUAAAAACAAAAAAAAACUGUAAUUUUGAUUUAGUUAUACAGAAGUUUAUGUUUACCUUUGUUAAUAUUCAAUGUUAUUAUCCAUCAAUAUUAAUAUUUACCUGUAAUGAGCAGAGCUAUAAUUUUCCGCAUAUAUUGAAUAAAAUGCUAUCCAAAAUAGGUUAACUUCGUAUUCAAUCGACUUAAAAAAAAGUACUAGAUUGAAUAUUUUUGCGAAAAUGACAUAUAAUAUACGAAAAUCUUGGUAAAUACUGAAAGAACUUUGAUAAUUAUUAUGGUCACUGACUUGUGAAUGUUGGUAGUUGUUUAUGUUAAUUUUGUCACGAUGGAAGUUAGAUUUUUAUAAAAUAAAACCGGUAUUACUUUAACAAUACAAUUUCUAAUAAUUAGCACAUUAAUUUAUCAUCUAAUCUAAAACUUAGUGAUUAUAAAUUACUUACCUACAAAGACAAGCAGAUGCGUCUCCUUUCAUUAACCAUUUGAAAUAUGCCUAUCUGUCUAUCAGAGUACGUACCGGAGAAUAACAGCACAAUAGUUUGCAGAUGUAAACUAGGCCAUAAAUCUUCCAACUGUCUUUGCUUUCAACCGCCUGUGACAGUCGACUGUCACCAAAGUGUAGACAAGACUUCGAACAAAUAUUUACCCGACUCUCGAUGAAAAGAGUGUGAAAUUUUUCAGAUAUUUUAGGCCAAACUUAUAUCCUAAACGUCUUGCCUUUCACUAACAAAUUUAACUUUUUUCCUUUGCAUCGAAGCAAAGGAAAAAUUCUUUAAUUCUAUUAAAAAAUAAUCACCAAUAUACUUAUAAAUACUAGUUUCUAGAGCAGUUAACAACAAAAGCAAUAUCGUUAACGAUUUUAGCAAAUGUACUAUUGUUUUUUUUAAGCAUUAUCACUUUUUGUAUAUUUUAUACAAGUAAACAGAUAACCAGGUUUCGGUAUUUCAUUUAAUAAAAAGACUAACAGCUGACACUUAGAUAUUUUUAUUAUUUUUAAUAUAUAUUUUUUAUUUACAGAUAUAUUUAAUAUUUGUCAUAGCUAUAUAAAAAAGAAUAAUAAUAAUUUAAAUACUAACAUUUGUUCUUAGUGUCUUUGGUUCGCAGUCAAGCAUUGUCCGGAUAUGCUGUUACUAGAUAAAGAAUGUUAUAUGUAAAAUAUCAUAUAUUAUAUGGAUGAGAUGUCGAAGGUAUUCUAUGUCUCUGUAUCGUAAUGUACGAAAGGCUAACUCUGUCCUAGUUAAGUAACAUGGCUCUUGACGAAGCGAUGCAAAGAGCGGAAACUCCUGUCAAAAGAUCUUCAAGCGUGCUAAGUUGGUACUCGAGUAUUUGGUGAGACACCAAUGUCUUUUAGUUUGUGAAUUCAAGUAGACAGCCUGAACACUUAAUUCAUUUUUAGGUUAGAUAUUGUGUUGAACUUAUUUGUACGAGGACAAUAGGGUAACAAUUUAUCAAACAAAUCCAAAGUUUUCACUUAUAAAUAAACUACUAAGCACAACUUUAUUAAAAUUAUCACAGAAAAGUUCAUUUUAUAAACUUUACUAUAAUUAUGUACUUUAUUUAGAUCGUUCCAUUUUUAAAUUAUCAUGGAUUAAAAUUUCACUUUUGGUAUAUAGGAUAACAGUUGGAGAAAAUUAAUUAUUCUUAUAAUAUCUAAUAAAAAAUAAUCAUUGUUAAUUAUUUUAAAACCCCUAUUAUACCAAAGUAUACUGUUUUAUUAGAUAUUUCACUUCCAUGAAUACGUAGUUUAUAAAGUUCAACCAGACUACCACGAAAUAUUUUCCGAUAUAUACCUAAAAGAACUAAAAAAUUCAUAAAGAAUUACAUUCAAAAUAUAUUAUGUGUUAAGAUAUAAAAAUCAUCACUACGUGUUAGAGUCCGACUUCGUUAUUAUAUUUUUAUUAACAUCUUAGUGAAAAAUUUACCUAUAAAAAAAUUUUUCAAUACGUUUUCAUUUAAUUGGCAUUCUAUCAUUAUUUUAACGCUAUAUAAAUAAUAGACUAUUGUUAAUAUUAAACCUCCUGCCUACUGACCCCGAUACUAGUCUGAAAUGUUUCCGCCAGUUAUAUCGUUCCACUAUCUGGUCUAAUCUUUUAGAAAUAAUAAGCAAAAUUGCAGUGAAAUUGGAAUAGAAGCCGACGGUGCCAUAGAUUUUAUAACGACAAGACAUAACGCAACCAAAGAAAUAUAAAAUAUUCAACUCCGAUUUUACUCUGUAAAACAAGAAACCUUGAUCGUGACAAAAUUAAUACAGGACCAACAUUGAAUAGGCCUUAUCUAUUUCAAAAAGAAUUAUCAAAUUUUGUUCAGUAUUAAUGAAGAUUUCAUAUAAAUUCCAUAAAAAAUGUGGCCUAAUUGAGAACCUUAUCCAUUCUGAAGUCGUUUAAAAAGCUAUUCAAUACAUAAUCAUAGUCAGUUAUGUUUCGAACCAGUGGGUGAUAAGACCAUUUUAUGUAGUUAUAUGUAAAAAUUAUCAUUAAGAGCAUGUUUUCUGAGAAAUGGAGGCAUGGCCUAACCAUUUAGCCAGUAAUAACUUGUUAAAAAUAAUGUUGUAUUCAUUUUGUUUGAUUUUGCCGCAGUGAACGCCACAGCUUUACUGAACAAAUGGGACGGUAUUACCAUACUUUCAGUAAAAUGUUUCUGCUUUGGAAUGUAUAAAUUAAUGCCGAGCAUUCUAUUUGUGAAAAAAAAAUUCAGAGCUUUAUACCCUACACCUUUAUUUGUUUACUUAUAUGCUAUUGUAAUUUGUAAAAAGAUUUUUAUUUUGCCCUUAUUUUAUUAUUUAUAUAUUAAAAACUAUUUCCCCUGGUAGCACAUAAAUUCUAUAAUAAUCUUUGUCAACAGUUAAGUGUAAUACAAGUAAAGUUACAUUCGCCUUGUUGUCUUUGAAAUUGAUUAAACAAAAUUUCCUAUUCAAAAUUAGAACAUUAUUAAAGUAUUAAUCGGAAAUAUUGUUUUAUUUUCUAUGCACAAAUAAAUUCUUGAUAAUAUGCAUGUACUCAUAUUAUAUCAAUCUACAUAGAUGUCAUGUUCCGUGUAUUUUUUUAUUUUCAUUCAAAAAUGUUUCUAUAUUACAUUGUGUGUAUAUUGUAUAAUAAAUAAAAUAGUUACUAUCAUUGUUUUUCAGUCAUUGGCGAUUCUAUGCUCCAUAAGUAUGUAUCCAUACCUAUACAUACAUAAAUAAUAUCACCGUUAAACAUAUGUCAUUAUUAUUUUUUAAUUAUUUCAAAUAGAACAAACACUGAUAUAUCUUUAUAUCAAAAUACAGGGAACCCCAGUUUGAAAAAAAAAAAAUAAUUUGUUAUUUUUUAAUUAUUGUAAAAAAAUACUACUUUUAUUUCAUUACUAAAUUAUCGCCAGUGACUAUUUUUUUACUAAAAGUAACCAAAAUAUGAAUUUAUGUAAAUACUUGUGUCACUCUUGUUAGAUGCGAAGAAAAUAAACAUUAAGUAUAUCCAAAUCCAAAUUCCUCAUCUUAAGGUAUCAUUGUAUUUUCUUAUGUAGGGUCCUAAUAAAGCGAUGAAAUAAAAAUUAGAUUUCGGAACA